GGAAUGACGAAAGAUGCCGCGGUGAAUUUUAAAAUUCGAAGCUAAUACGCGGUAGCGUAGGGGAAAUUGUUGUUUCCUGGGGCUCCUGUCUGUUGACGUUUCCAGGACCCUUCUCUCCGCCUUUAUCCUCCUGGUUCCGAGACUCGAUAUCUGUCAUCUUAAGGUAUAAGAGGACUGGAAAGUUUGCAGGGAUGAAGCGCAGUUCAUUUUCGACUGGUGCUGCUGGCCGCCAGUCCAUGCAGGCCUUGAGAUCACAAGACUUCAAUAAACAAGGUUUUUAUACCCCACAAACCAAAGAAAGAACAACCUUUGGGAAGUUGAAUACUAAUAGACGGACCCCUGGCACAUCUGAAAGGAAAAUCAGCUUCUUUGGUAAAAGAACUAGUGGGCCUGGAUCCCGGAAUAGUCUGCUUGGUGUAUUUGGCGGCACUGAAAAAAUGAAAGACCCUAGACCACUUAAUGACAAAGCAUUCAUUCAACAGUACAUUCGACAACUCUGUGAGUUUCUUACAGAAAAUGCAUAUGCCUACAGUGUAUCCAUGAAAUCUCUUCAAGCUCCAUCUGUUAAAGACUUCCUAAAGAUCUUCACCUUUAUUUUUGAUUUCUUAUGGCCUUCUUAUGAGCUUCCUGUCACUAAGUUUGAAGAGGAGAUUCCAAGAAUUUUGAAAGAUCUUGGGUAUCCAUUUGCUUUACCAAAAAGCUCCAUGUAUACAGUAGGAGCACCUCAUACGUGGCCUCAUAUGGUGGCAGGUUUGAAUUGGCUUAUAGACUGUGUUAAGCUCUACUUUUCUAGGAAAGAAAGUUCACCUUCAUUUGAUGAUGGACAGCCCUGGGGACCAGAAAGUGAAGAUGGAAUAAUGCAUAAUAAGUUGUUUUUGGACUAUACUGUAAAAUGCUAUGAAAAUUUUAUGACUGGUGCAGAUACUUUUGAAGAUUUAGAUACAGAGUUACACUCAAAGCUAAAGGACUUGUUUAACAUAGAUGAUUUCCAAGUAGAAUCUUUAGUUUUGGAAAACAAAAGGCUAAAUGAAGAAAUUGCAAGGCUGGAACGAGAGAGAGAAAAUGAGCCGAAUCGUCUUGUAUCACUAAGAAAAUUGAAAACAUCUUUAAAAGCAGAUGUUCAGAAGUACCAGGCAUAUAUGAAAAAUUUGGAGGCACAUUCUGCUGUUCUUCACCAGAAAUCAAGUAGUCUAAAUGGAGAAGUUCCUGCAGCAGAACUGGAAUUAGAAGCAAUAAAGCAAGAAAAUGCCCGGCUACAAAAUAUUAUUGAUAUCCAGAAGUAUUCAGUUGCUGACAUUGAAAGAAUACAUCAUGAAAGAAAUGAAUUUCAACAAACCAUCAAAAAGUUAACCACAGAACUAGAGGCAGAACAAAAGCAGUUAUGGAAUGAAGAACUAAAAUAUGCAAGAACUAAGGAAGCGAUUGAAGCACAACUGGCAGAAUAUCACAAACUUGCUCGAAAAUUAAAACUUAUUCCGAAGAUUGCAGAAAAUUACAAAGGUUAUGACUUUGAAAUUAAGUUUAAUCCUGAGACUGGUACAAACUAUCCUGUCAAAUAUAGGACUCAAAUCUAUAUUCCACUAAAGGAGCUCCUGAACCAAAAUGAAGAAGGAAUAAGCAAAGUACUACAUAAAAAAAUGGGCUCAGAAGAGACCCUAGAACAGGUGAACACAAUGGUAACAGAAGUGAAGAGGAAUGUAAAAAUGUUAAAUGAUGAAGUCCAAAAACUAAAGGAUCUUAAACAACAAAAAAUUAAGGAAGCUGAAGAGAAAGAAGGAAAAUGUUCAACUGAGAUGGAGUCCCUUGAAAAGCAUAAACAUUUACUUGAAAAUGGAGUUCAUGAAGGCCUCAGUGAAGCUAUGAGUGAAUUGGAUGACAUUCAACAGCAACGCCAGCUGGUGUUACAAACAACAACUGAAGAAAGACGAAAAGUGAGCAAUAACUUACAACGUCUCCUAGAAAUGGUUGCUACCCAUGUUGGAUCUGUUGAAAAGCACUUUGAAGAGCAAAUUGUUAGAGUAGACAAAGAAUGUGAAGAAUUCAUUGCUGAAAUUUCCUUGGAAAAUAUUAAAGAAAUCGUAGACAAAUACAAAACAAAAGCUUCUAUUAUCUCUUCCAGCGAAUGAAAAGAAAUGCAAAUUAUUGUGUUAAUAGAUGAAGACUUCACUUUUUAAGAUGUGUCAAUGCCAAGUCUUUUUUUUUUUAAGAACAUUUGUACUUAAAUGUUUUUUUAAGUCUCCUUCCAAAUAUCAGUAUGCAUCAGGGGUAGAAAGUUAGUUAGAAUUUUUUUUCUUUGCAUUUGUACUUACCAACCUGUAUCUUCCAAUCAUUACUGAAUUUAUUUUCUAAGUCUUAAUACACCAGUAUAUUAUAUUCAUUCAUCUCUCCUUAUUCUUGACAUACUAGAAUCUCCAAAACACUAUAUUGUAGGAUGAAUAUGUAUUUCUAUUUACAAUUAAAAUGAUUCAAAUGCAAAACCAUACACUAUAGCCUUCAGAAAAUCAAUGGAAGGAAGAAAUCCAAAAUUGUCAAGAAUUUUUCUUCACCUAUGAUACCAUAUCAGUUUUGAAUUUUUACAUCAUCAUCUACAAAUAUGCCCACUGUAUACAUAGUAUUAGGCACUACAUAUAACAAUCGGGCUUAAGCCAUUAAGAAUUGUAUAGUUCUAAGGAACUUAAAAUCUUUAGUGAAAGACUUAUGACUGGAAGAACUAAUUGUUCUUCCUUCAAAUGAGUAUGGUUCAUAUACUAAAACAUGUACGGAUAUUAUCUAUAAAUUAGACAGUAACACAAUUGUGCUUAAGUAUUUGUUUCUCUCGUCAACCAUGAAUCUGGAUUCUCCUGUGACUUCUGAAUUCAUGAUGGCAGUACUCUCUUAGGACAUUUAUUCUUAGUGUCAAAGUUAAUAGAUUUCAAUAAUUGCCUGUUAUAUGAAGAGCUCUAUCUCAUUGUACUGAGUCAAGGUAAUCCUAAUUGGGUCAUAAUAAUGAUACAUAUCAUAGCUUGUCAUAUACAUUCUAGUGCUGUAGUGUUUGUAACAUUCAAAUACACAAUUUGGCCAAAAGGAGGAAUUCUAUUCAGGUAUUUAUCAUUACUCCCCUCUUAUCACCAGCCCUACCUCCCACCACGAUCAACCAAGAUUGAAUAAAGAUUCUGCAAAGGCAGAUUGAUCUGUUUCACAAAUGGAAAAAUUACAAUAUUUUAAAGGAUCCAUUGAGAAUUGUCAUAAACUCCUUGAAAUUGUUCAGCCAGUGAUCUCCAAUCUGUAUAAUCUCUGUCCGGGAUAACUUCAACUAAAAACUCAGAAACUGUCAGCCCAAAUUUGUAAGCACCCACCUUACAGUCCUUAAUAAGGGGUAUACUUGUUUUACUAUAAGUCCAUAACUUUUUAUUGUGUGUGUGUGUGUCUGUUUAUAUAUAGAGAGAGAAUAUUUUGAGGAUUCCUAAAUAAAUGUUUUUGAGAUUUCAA